AUGUCACUUAAAAUUAGCAACAUACUCGUUUGCAUCGUGCUGGUGAAUAGUGCCGCCGCCCAAUAUUCACCUGGCGACUGCACAAUGGCGCUCGUGAGCCUGUCACCGUGUGUUGCUUACAUCAGCGGGAACUCGUCGGCCCCAUCCGCGCCGUGCUGCUCUCGGCUGUCGGGUGUUGUCCGGUCACAGCCACAGUGCCUCUGCGGCCUCCUCAAGGGCGGGACCUCCAAUUUCGGCAUCUUAGUGAAUCGGACUACGGCCCUUGCCCUCCCGAGCGCGUGCCGCGUGGAGACACCCCCCGUCUGCCAGUGUGAUGCGGUGAAUGGGCCGGCGAUGUCCGCCCCUGUGCCGUCCGGUUCGCCUGUCGAUGGGCCCCCAGAAGAUCCAAACCCAUCAUCUAAUACCGAUCCAAACCCAUCGUCUGACACAGAUACAUAUACGACUCCACCUGAUGCAGGGAGAGAGUCUAAAACAGUUGGUGGCACAGAUGGGUCCUCUGUUGGAGGCAGCAGCAACACUGUUAAUGGAGGGAUUUUUAGUUUGAUGGGUUGUUUGAUUUUUCUUCUUCUUCUAUGGUGA